AUGCAAGGGGGGAACGGGCGUGCACAAUCAUGGUCCACAUUCAAUCGACGACAACAAACACCACCCGCAUCUUCAUCCCCCGCGCCCUACCUCAACCCCCCAAUCACCUCAACACGCUCUUCCUCUGCCACUCUCCCCUCACCAAAGACUGGCCCACGCUUCAGGACAAUCCUGCACCCGGAGCGUCAGGUUGACCGUGAGCUGCGCCAGAAGCUACUUCAAUCGCGUGCGCGCCUUCAGUCGUCAUUCGAUGCCAUUGCCGACAAGUACAGCUCGGUGCCGCCGGAGGAAGACGACGAGAUCGACCUUGAAACCUACGUGAUCUCGACGGAUAAUGGGCAUCUCAAGUCCCUCGAAGCACGCCCCUUCGCCGAGGGCAGUGAUUACCUCGGCGAGGCGAUCGAGGACGACCAGGAUGGCAUCCGCCUGGACCCCCUCCGUCUACAGUCUGAACCGGUUAUAGGCCCAGAGUUGGUCGAGUUUGGCGACGAUGAGGACGAACUCGGUGACUGGGGAGACAAAUCGGGUCUCGACGCGCAGUAUCCUGUUGUCGAGAUUGAGAACGAAUGGACGGCCGACGACCUCCACGAUCUUGACGACUUUAUGCGGGCAGAGGCUGCGCGGCGCAAACGGUUUGGCGAGCAACCACUCCCAGAGUUGGAGCGCAGAGGUGCCCCGGACAGCUCGCCGUUGCGGCGGCUGAGUCACCUUGUACUUGGUACUUCUCCCGAGGUGGAGGAUGGUGUGAUGGAUGAGCUUGAAUUGCCCAAAGGCAGUCGCGUCAAUUCUGGUGGACGCGAGACAGUGAGUAGCCGCUCCGAGCCCUCGUUGAUCCUUAGCAAUUUCGCCAUCCUUCACCAACACCAUCGCCCAUUGCACGUAAUCGUGAAUCGGGUUCCUCUCCGCGCCGCCGACCUCGUGUGA